AUGGCUGUGUCAGGGUAUGGGUGUGGUGGAGGCACGCGUGAGGAGCUUCAGGAUGAAGGAGAUCGAAUAACGGGUAUGGCCGAGAACUUGACUACGUAUUGGACCGAGCGGUUGACCACGUUCAUGUACAUGUGCACUUUGAUGCCAUUGAUGACCGAGGUGACUGCGUAUUGCACAGAGCGUGUCAUCGAAUGA